GUCUUACCAAACAAAACGUGGUAAGCAAGGCAGAGUUGAAUUUGAGCUAUGAAAUGUCUGAAUUCAUUUUAAUACAAUUUUCCACUUCUUUUAGAUGUUAUUUGAUUACAGUAUCCUCGAUCUGUUUGACGUCAUAGAUGAUGCAAAUUCCAUUGCAAUAUAAAUUAGAAACACUUACUUUACCAAUGCUAUCAAUAUUUCUGUCUUAUAUUGUCUUCUAAAUUGCAGACACAGAGAUAGAAAGUGAUAGAAUGGCAGGCCCUCAGUGCUGCUCAAACCCUCCAAUCCUCAACCCAAGUAGUGGAGAAGGUCAUGUUGAGAAAGUUGGUGGCCUCGACUCCUAUGUUUCUGGUUCCCCAAACACUAAACUUGCUGUUAUUCUCAUAUCUGAGGUUUUUGGAUAUGAAGCACCAAUAUUGAGGAAGAUAGCAGACAAAGUUGCAGCUGCCGGAUUCUUCGUGGUGGUUCCUGACUUCUUACAUGGAGAUCCAUUUGUAUAUGAUAAUCCAAAUAGGCCUUUACCAGUUUGGUUAAAGGAUCAUGAGCCGUACAAAGCAUUUGAAGAAGCAAAACAAGUAAUUGAAGCUUUAAAAAGCAAAGAUGUUUCUGCAAUAGGAGCAGCAGGGUUUUGUUGGGGUGCUAAGGUUGUUGUUGAACUUUCAAAGAUUGAUCUUCUCCAAGCUAGUGUACUAUUACAUCCUUCAUUUGUCUCUCUGGAUGAUAUCAGAGGGGUUCAGGUUCCAAUUGCAAUACUUGGAGCUGAGAUUGAUCAAUAUUCUCCUCUAGAACUCUUGAAACAAUUUGAAGAGAUAAUAGCUGCAAAAUCUGUGUGGCGCAUGGAUGGACAGUGAGAUACGAUGCUGAAGAUGAAGCCGCUGUCAAGGUUGCAGAGGAGGCUCAUCAGAACUUGUUGGAAUGGUUUUGUGAACAUCUUCAAUAUUGAGGGUGUUACAACUUACAACAUACAUGGGAUAAUAAUAAUAUCAUUGCCUGAGAUAGUAUGUGGAACUUCAUCAGAAAAUUUUACGAGCAAAAAAAUUUACAAGCGAAAAAAUAGACAUACAGAGUUUGUUUGGGAAUGUUUUUACAAAUAACAUUUAUCAAUAAAGAAAAAAGAAAAAGAAAAAAAAAAUAGUAAUCCAAUCCAAAACAAUCUAAUCCAAUCCAAAACUGAUCGGCAUCGCUUUCAGUACUACAAAAGUCAUCAUGCCAGGUGGUGUUACAUGUUCUAAUCAUGAAAAAUUAAAAAUAAAUUUGAGCUCCAACCGUGGAAAAAUAUGGAUUAAAACAUGUGGGUGAGACUUUAUAGGAAUCUAAUUUGGGGGACCCAAGAAUAUAAAAGCAUGAAAUUGAAACAGCAGCACAUGAAGAGUGAUUUGUCUAGUUCUAUUUUGUCUAUAUGGUUGCUGUUUAGAAUUGCUUUGCCACCACACAAACACAAAAUUAUGUUGGAGAAAUUGGAAAAGGACCUGUUUCUUAAUUUUUGCAGCCCUAACACAUGAAUUAUCCAUUACCCAAAAUCAAUUCCACAAAAACCCCAUCUAAUCUAAUCAUAACUAGGAUUUGGAUAAGGUGGAGAUUUCUUUUUUCUUUUUUAUUUUAAAAAAUAAGUGUAACUCUCUUUGGUCUUUACAAAAAAUUGGUCUUCUCCAAUGGAUCAUUUGUU